GUUGUGUCUCGCUAUCACAUCAUGUCGUCGUCGGCCUCGUCGUCUCCCAAGAAGCCCUCUGCCACCACCGCUAUUCUGGACACGGCACUGAUGGCCAAGUACACCGCCGCUGAGCGGCAGAUCAUGUGCCUGACGGUCAUGGCAUUCCUGAUUCCCCAGGGUAUAUAGAAUCAGGGGAAGGGAGCAAGGGUUUGCAUUGCAAUGCAUGGUGGUGUCUCAUUGGAAGGUUGCCAUACCCCUCCCUCCCUCCCUCCCUCUCCCUGUCUGUCUGUCUGUCUGUCUGUGUGGGCAGGUGCCUCGGCGGCCAGCACGCACUCGCCCAACAGCCCCGCCGUCCCAGCCGUCCCUGCCAUCGACCCGACCAUCGAUAUCGACUGGGUGAGAGACAAUCACACACUCGCACAUAUACAAACCUCUUACACGGAGACAUCCUCUCACACCAGACCGAUGACGAGGCCUGGGACACAUACUUGCUUAGGAAGAAGCAGCGCAACUAUAAGAUGCAUCGAUCGGGCCCUCUGCCGCCCCCGCCCAGCCCGCCGUCGAAGGGCCCUGAGGACGACGAGGAGGUGUGGGACACCUACCUGCUGAUGAAGAAGCGCCAGAACGCCAAGGGCCCCAGAGACCCCAUCAAACUCCUCGGCCCCGUGCCGAAGUGAACACUGAUCACAUCUAUUCAACCACCAACCCAGCGAUUG